GUCGCGGCGACUACAUAAAGAUGCGCUCCCGAGGGACCUCCGCAGACGUUGCCCCGCCGCUGGUGUCACCGCUGCUGCAGCCGCCCCACCCGCGCCGCUCCUGCGACCACCACAGCCACAAGAGAAAGAGCGAGGACGCCGGCCGGCCUGUGGCGCCCGCGUGGCUGGAAGCGGCGCUGGUGGAGCGCGCGCUGCGGGCGGGCGGGGGCGGGGCGGACACGCGCGUGGUGGGCGUGCGCGUGGAGGCGGCCAACGCCGCGGGCGACGGCUACGUCAGCGAGAUGUUUCGCGUGCGCGCCACCCUGGCGGGCGGAGCGGGCGGCGAGCGGCGCGUCGUGGUGAAGAGCCCGCCCGCCGGCGAGCGCUUCCGCCGCCUCGUGGUGCCGAAGAUGGAGCGAGAGCUUGAGGCUGUGGCGCCCGGGCGUUUCCCGCCCUUCACCGCGCGCUGCCUGCUCUGGGACACGGAGCCCACCCACUUUCUGGUGGCUGGGAGGACCUGGCGGAGCGGCGGCUUCGCGCUGGCGAGCGCGCACGGGCAUGGACGCGGCGCACGCGCGCCCUGGCCCUGCGCUGCGCUCGCCCGCUUCCACGCGGUCGCGUCGGCGGCGGCUGCUGCGGCGCGAGCCGGCCGCCAUGGCCGCACGUGGGCCAACUUCUUCGAGCAGCCCGUGCGCGAGAUGUCGCCAAGGCGGCGCGCCACGGCGCUGGCGCGCGGACCGGCUGCGGCGAAUGCGCCUGCUGGGCGCCGCUCCCCGGCCGCUUGG